AUGAGACCUAGUAGUAUAUUUCUUUCAUUGACAACUACAUCGACCGUUGCAUAUGAUAGAAAAAGUGCAAGUAGCUACGCAACCGCUCAUUGUAAGGAACACAACCCGAAUUACCCUGCAUUCCCAUCAGAUUGUACGAAUUUCGCUUCACAAGUAUUAAGUGCUGGUGGAAUUCCCCAAACAGAGGAAUGGCAUUGCCGUAAUCCAUGCAUCAAGAAGUUAUGUUACGGAGAUUAUGAUGUAACAACGGGUUUCUUUCAUCAUACAGUUGUAGUUGCUGAAAGUCAUCCUACGAAUCCUAAAGUAGUUUAUCACACUAGUGACAGAUGUGACGGCAAGCAUUCUUUUUUUAAGAAAGAGAAAUAUCGAGCUCUUUGUAGUUGCCCUAAGAACCCCGAAGAUGCAAGUACAUGUGCUUUUCCCUUUACUCUUUAUGAUCCAGCGAUAAGAAAAGCACGAAUGAGGUCCAUAAAUGUUAUAUGGGAAUGA